CGAGGGGACAGAGCCAGCUGGAGUACAAGGAAAACAGACUAGACUGACGUGUACCAAAAAUAGAGAUAGUGGGAGAGCAAUUCUGUUUUUCACAAAAAAAAGACAGUUGUUUUAAGAUUAGUUGGGCGUGUGGCGGCGCGUUCCUGUGGAGAAAAGGUGAGAUGCAAUGUAGGGCAAACAGGAAGGGACAGGGAGCAGCAGGCUGCCUCCAGCCAGCUCGGCUCAUGGUUGCGAAGACUGGCAGCGCAGGACAGAAAUCUGGCAAGAGAAAAAGCAGAAGGAGAACAACGGUGGCUAAAACAUCAGUGAGAAGUGGUGCCUGUGCUGCAUGAAGAUGUCAACUUGAGGUGGUUUUGCCAGACACAGUCCACAGACAGGACGGAGCAGGAUGGGACACCCCAGUAUGCCACUCACAUACACAUACACACGUUCACACAUGGACAAACGCAGAUCCAGCCGGCUGCAGAAGUCUGCACCAAAUGACAAUGUGAGCAACGCAUUAGGGGCCAUCAGAGUCCUUGGCAUUGAACUGAUUGAAGAUGAACUCAGGCCACAUCUGAAUACAGUGCUGACCACCAUAAAGGAGAAGAAGAAAGGCGCUGCUGAGCAGGUGGCCAUCAGUGGGAUUCUGCCAAUUCUGGCCCUGUGUCUGAGGAGCAAAGGGGCUCUCACCCUGGUGACCGCAAAACUAGUGUCUGAGCUCGCCAAGGAGUCUGUGGUCCGUAAAGGGUUUGCUGAAGCCGGCUUGGUGUCUGCCCUGCUGUUUGUGCUGACCGGCGCAGACCAAGAGUUGCUCUUUCACGCAGCACGGGCCAUCUCUCGCAUGUCCUAUAACAGCUUAAAGCAGCAGGAGCAGCUCCUACGACAAGGCGCGGUGCCUCGCCUCAUUGCCGUCCUGCUGCGUUUUCCCAACAACGAGGCCCUGGAGGAGGUGUGCCUGCUGGCGCUGUGUAACCUCAGCGACAUGGGCGAGGCGGAGGAGGCGGGGAUGAUCUGGGAGAGGGGUGUGUCUGUACGACCAGAGGAGAUGGUCUUCCACGGCGUCUCUCCUCAGACGUGUGGCUUCAGCUCCUCGGUGACCCUGGUCCGUGUGUCCCAGUGGGCGCCAGGCCAGUACGCCGUCAGCAUUGAGGUCUUCCAGCGCUGCUCGUCCUCUUUCUGGAACUGUCAUGCCAACAAACGGGCUGCUGGUUGGUUCCCGCUGUCCGGCCUCGGCGGCUGCUCCAAUCUAUACAAACUCAUCAAGUACUCUGCAAGAAAUGUUCCUCGGAAACGAAGUCUGAAGACUCGGGUGUUCCAUACUCUCCUUUAACAGCUCAAAGGCUGCAAACAUGGUGGCCUACCUCGACUACAACCCAGAGAUGACACAACUCUCUUUGGAUGAGGUUGUUUGGAGUUUGCAAACUCUGAGACUCCCUGCAGAGACCAAGACAUGGUUUCAGGGCCCAACCUGAGAACCAUGGGUGAGGAGGACACAUUCAACAAUAUAUUAAUCUGCCUGAUCCAAGCAUGCUGAUACAGCUCUCCUGUCAAAUCAAAUGUCAGACUGGAUCAUGCCAAUUAUAAGAAUGCAGUUUAUACAUCCAAGUGAAAUUAUGAGCAGCUAUUGAUGGGUUUUCAUUGACAGGUCACAUCAUAGCUCUUGGAUUUGUUGAAUCAGAGAUGUGGUCACUAAUAUCCGACUAAAAAUGAAUGAGAAUUUUGAUUCUGAAAACCAGAAAGCCUGAAAAAAGGACAAAAAGGAAGGAAUGGUACAAUAAAAUUAUUAGUGGCAAUAUGUGAUGCUCAGCUACUCAUGCACAAGUGCUGGUUCACUGUAUACAGAAAUCAUUAAUUUCUACUCAAGGCAGUAAUAUCAAUCUUUUUUUUUUUUUUUUCAGUGUAAGUCAGUACUGUAUUGUUUUUGUUUUUGAUUAUGGCAGAGUUGAUGACAACAUACAUUUUUGCAUUUGGACACCUUGGACAUAAAAAGUGGACUUUGUCAAUGUAAAACGUUUUUUAUACAGGGGGGUGAAUAAAGUAAGGAAAAUGCCUCACAA